ACAUGAAAUAACCAUCCCCCCUCAAAAAAAAUGAAAUAACCAUCCCCACAAAAAAAUGAAAUAGACAUACAUAUAUAUAUACAUAGCAUACACCUGCGCCUGUUAUCCUUGAUAGAUUAGAUCUGCGAUCUCCUUUGCUCCAAUCAUGUCUUCGUCGAUCAAGCCAAUGUCGGCGCUGGUGUCCGCCCUGCGCAGCGCCGGGCGGCAGCACAUCACCGCGUCCACCGUCGCCGCGAGGGAGCCGGUCACCGGCUCCCACGUCUUCCGGAUCCACGGCUACAAGCAGGUGAGGAAAACGGUCCCCAACGGCACGGCGGUCGAGUCACCCACGUUCGACGUCGGCGGCCACCGCUGGAAAGUACAGUGCUACCCGAACGGCGACCGCAAAGAGGCCGACGGCUCCACGUCCAUCUUCCUUACCAGCCUCGGCGACGCCACGGCAGAGUUCAAGCUUAGCGUGCUCGACCACCACGGGGAGCCCUCGGUGAAUGGAGCCGUGCAGCAGCAACGCUACUCGGCUAAUCGCUACUGGGGCUGGAUAAAGUUCCUCGACAAGGAAAAUCUCAACCAUAGUAAGCAUCUUGAGGAUGAUUGCCUCACUGUCCUUUGCGACGUCACCGUCGACCCCGGGCUGCGCGCGGAAGCCGAGGUGGCGGCGGCGCCGCCGUUCGACCUGCGCGGGCAGCUCGCGGAAGCCCUCUGGAACAAGCACCCAGCGGACGUGACGGUCCACGUCGGCGGCGAAACCUUGGCCGCGCACCGGUGGGUGCUGGAGGCCCGGUCCGCCGUCUUCAAAGCGGACCUCGAGGGCAACGCCACCGGCGAGCUACGUGUCGACGACAUGGACGCGGAGGUGUUCAAGACCCUGCUCCAGUUCAUGUACACGGACAGCCCGCCGCAGCUCGAUACAAUGGCGGAGGCGGACAACCAACUUCCGAACCAGCAACUCGAUCAGGCCGAGGCAACGUCGAAGGCGGAGCGGCUGCUCGUGGCGGCGGACAGGCACGGGCUGGAGGACCUGAAGAUCGCCUGCGCCAAGGCGCUGCGGCCGCGCGUGGACAUGGGCUCUGUGGCCGCCAUGCUGUCGCUGGCUGAGCGGCAUGGCUGCGCCGUGCUCAAGGAGGCGUGCAUGGACUUCCUCUCUUGUCCCGGUAAUCUGAAAUCCUUCAUGGCCACCGAUGGAUUUGAGCAGCUCAGGGCAAGCUGCCCUUCUGCCGCGCUGGAUCUCGUCAUUAAGCAGCUCCCGUGAUUCUUCUGCCUAGAAGUUUCAUUGCUCUUUACAUACAGCUUUUAGCAACAGCAUUCUCGUGUCGAUAUAUUCCCUAUGUUCGGACUUAAUUUAUUAGGGAGCUCCUCGUAUUUUAGGUCAAACUUUUACUAUAGAUGUUACUCGCCAAAAUAUAAGUGAUGAUUGUUACAAAAAGUUA